AUGGCAGGGCAAACUGAAAUCUGCAAAACAUCAGCCAAUGCCGACUCACAACUCCAAGGCCGCGAGCAGUACCUCAAUGAAAUCAUUGUGGAACUCGAUCCCAUCGUAGAAGCUGAAUCGAAACAUGGUCCAGUUUUUCGUCGCGAGCUCUUCGACGUGGCGUAUGCUACCUACCGUUCGAUCGAAGAUAACCACUCCAAGGCUAGCGACAUCGUGAUAGACCGACGUGGAAACAAGUUUCUUCGCGAAAAGAUUACCUUGUUGGAUAUCUAUGGCAAGGAGAGAAAAGUACGCAUUCAAGCCGACGGCAAGUGCAUCAAGUACAACGGACAACCAUGUAUGUCGAAGCGAGUAUGGGCGUACAAGUGUAUCCAGAGCCUUGGACAGGCAUAUAAUUGUGGGGAGGACUUGUGUCCGUUCAACUUCGGGGUGCAUAUAAUCCAAACUGAAGCCAAGGACUGCUUCAAAGUAGAAGAUAUGACGGCGAAAGCAGGUAUAUGGGCAGAAGAGUGGAAAAAGUCUGAAAUCUACAGCCGAUUGACAGCAUUUCUGGAAGAACAUGCUGGGAAAAGGAUGCAACGCGUGGACAAGAUCCUUUGCUUCGGCUUGGGCUGCUUCCGGACGGAACUAGGACGUGAGACCAAACGCCCCUACGUUCAGCAUCUCGCUGCGUGCCUAGUCCGCGACAUCAUCGCACGACAGCAGGGCGGGGAAACCCCGAAGAUAUACGCUCAAGACCCCAACUAUGGCCCCACGGGUAUCGCAUACAUCAAGGCGCAGUUCGACAUGGAAACUCUCGACGACCCAGAAGGAUUCAAAGCGCUCGAUGGCAAUACGUUUGUCCUCUGCGUCGCCCCAAACGUUCCAGUCCGCCAGAUUGCAUUCGGCAUGACGCACGAAUUUGGUGGGCCUGCAGGCUUAUUCUGCAACAGCAUCCAGAGUGAGGGUCUGGAGUGUAAUGGCAAGUCGUGCGAUAUUAGAAGCGGUUCGUUUACCCCGUACAGUCUGUGUGAAUCGAGUCCGGCUCUGUGGAAGUAUAAGCAGGAGAGUACGUGGAUGGAGUAUGAUGAUGGGAGUGAAGAGGACUGCUUUGGGGAUGUGGGCGUGUAUUUGAAGCAGCGAGGCUGA